AGAAGCUUGCGAAAGUGCUAGCGGUCAGCUGAGCAAUGCGAAUUUACCGCUAGACCGGGUGUCAACAGCACGAUAAGGUACAUUUGAAUGCAGACGGAGAAGAUAAAUUGUUAUAUUAAACUGCUUGGCUAUGUGCUAUCAUCCUCACGAUUUGUUAUUUAUCUGGCGUGACUGGGCAGACUUCAGAGCCCUCGUAUAUUAAAUGUGAUACAAGCCGUUAGCCACCUCUCCAGCCCUGCCCGUGUGUCAGUCCCCUAAACCCGUCACCUGUUCCUGUCCGUCCCUUAACCCUAUCCCCCAGUACACCCUCUGACCUGGUCCCCAGUAUGAGUUCUUCUCCGCUGGGUUCCCGUGGCAACAUGGACAUUCUGGAGGAACUGCAGCUGAUUGCAGCCCAGAACCUGGAGAUGCUAGAGAUCAACAAGUACUAUGAUGUCAUCAGGGAGCUAGGCAAGGGCACCUACGGCAAGGUAGACCUGGUCAUACACAAGAUCAGAGGCACCAAGAUGGCCCUGAAGUUCCUGAGGAAGAAGACGACCAAGCUGAAGUCGUUCCUGAGGGAGUACAGCAUCUCUCUCUACCUGUCCCCCUGUCCCUUCAUCAUUAACAUGUUUGGGAUCGCCUUCGAGACUGACGACUACUACGUGUUUGCCCAGGAGUAUGCCCUGUCCGGGGAUCUCUUCGACAUCAUCCCUCCACAGGUUGGUCUCCCGGAGACCGUCGCUAAGCGCUGUGUGCACCAGGUUGCCAUCGCCCUGGACUACCUUCACUGUAAGAAGUUGGUGCACCGAGACAUCAAGCCUGAGAACAUCCUCAUCUUCGACCGCGAGUGCCGCAAGGUCAAAUUGUCCGACUUUGGCAUGACACGCCGUGCUGGCUCGCCGGUCAAACGUGUGAGCGGUACCAUCCCGUACACGGCUCCGGAGCUGUGCGACACGUCUCGCCACGAGGGCUUCUGCGUGGACUACAGCACGGAUGUGUGGGCCUUUGGCGUCCUCCUCUUCUGCAUGCUGACCGGUAACUUCCCCUGGGAGAAGGCCCUGCCCUCUGACUCCUUCUACCAGGAGUUCACACGCUGGCAGAGGCGCCGCACGGGCACCGUACCCUCGCAGUGGCGCCGCUUCACAGAGCAGGCCCUCCGCAUGUUCCGCAGGCUCCUCUCUGUGGAGCAGGACCGACGCUGCUCUGUCAAAGAGGUGUUUGGCUACUUCAGCCACAGCUGGAUGCUGGAUGGAGACAGCAACGGGAACGGAGGAGGGGGGAGGAGCACGUCGUCCUCGUCUGGGGAGGACGAUGAAGACAUGCUGGUGGAGAGGAUGAAACAGCAGACUCUGUCUCCUCUCUCUCCUCUGUCUCCUGUAUCUGUGGGGACAAAGGCAGGGAUGAUGGAAUCAGGUGGAGGACACCAUUUUGUGUCUGUUUCCACCACCAGCUCCGUAUCCUCUACUAACAGCUAUGAACGCAUGCCCAGAGACAGCAUCAGCAACAACAACCAGCCCUCAGGGCGCAUGCUGGUGGCUACACCUAUUGAGAUCUGUGUCUGAGAGAUGUAUAUGCGAGACGGGCCUGAGAAGGACUGAAAUACUGCAUACAGUACACAUACACACGUACAGACACCUACACUCAUAUACACACACAUAUCCAUACAUGCAUACAUUCGGAAAGUAUUCAGACCCCUUUACUUUUUCCAAAUUUUGUUACA